UUGUUUUGCAGUUUGCGAUUUUGCCGUAUUUUUUUUUUUUUUUUUUUCCCAGCCCUCCUUCAAUCAGGAUGACGGUCAAGGCGGUGCUGACGUGUCUAUCUAUAGCCACAGCAGCAACAGCGACAGUGUACCUGGGCAGCUCUCUGGGAAGGUUGAUUUACAGCAGUGGUAUCGAGGGAGACCAUGGCGGCCAGUUUGCGGAUUUUGUGGAGAAUGGUGGCAGGGAUGGGACUCCUGAAGAUAUCGACGGGCCCCUUGGUACCCGAACGAGAAAGUCGAUGCUUGAACGACCAUCCGUCUCUGCGGAACUCUCGCCUGAAUGGUCGACUUGGGAGCUAUCUUGUAGUCCGUCCAAGGCCAAGGCCAGGACAGGAAACUGCGAUAACUCAGUCAACCCGCACUGGGAAUGCGGCGGCGGCGGCGGCGACGGCGGCGACGUAGGGGAACUGAGGAGGGUCCAUUCCCCGGAAGAGAACACAGGUGCUGCGGCAGAGACAGACAAAAGUUCUGAGCUCCCUGGCGGCACAGGGUCAACGACCACACCGUUCUGGGAGUGCGGCACAGGUGUGCAGGCGCUUAGUGACAGAUUGGCCGGUACCUGUACGUACCCUCGCGAGUUAGUAGUAGUAGUAGUAGGAGGAGGAGGUGAUGGAAAACCAGGAGCAGGCGAAGGAAGAGAAAGAGGUGGACAACGACGUCCACACAAAUCAUCGCCAAACGCUUCAUCGCCCGGUUUCUCCGCCAGUACCAGUACCAGUACCAGUUCCAGUUCCCAUUCCCAUUCCAAUUCCCAUUCUGAUUGCAGUAGCAGUACCAGUAGAGGUAGCAGUAGCAGUACCAGUAGCAGUACCAGGACCGGGACCAGGACCAGGACCACUACAAGGACCAGUAGCAGUACCAGUCCCAGUACAAGUGCCAGUACCAGUACCAGUGCCACCUCAGGCAGUACCAGUUCCAAUAACAGUACAAGUACCCGUGCCAGCUCCAUUUGUCCCGCAGAGAACGAUGUCGUGCGGGAACUGAUCCGGGCUCAGAUGGACACGCAUAAUCAGUCUAAUAAUCGGAUAUUUAAUUUCCUCCGUGACGAGAAUGAUAGGGACGAUAGGAGAGGAGCAAUCGGCAAGGCGUUCGAUCGUGCUUUGGAGGGAGAGGAGCAGCAGGACGAAGAACGAAGUCUACCUGCUGAGCGGUUGUGCAAACUACGUGGAUGCUCAUUGCUAGAUGCAAGCUCGUCGCUUGCCCUUUUGGUGCAUUUGGCGCUGGAAGACGACGAAGAUGACGAAAUCCUGGGAACUGCAGACACUGAGGAAAGCUGUGGAAGCUCGUCAUCCGUGACAAACGUUGAGCAAGUUCAGCCCAGGGAGUGGUCCUUGCGUGCUCUGCCUGUCACAGUCUCUCCAGAGUCGAAGUCAGAGUUCUGCGGACCAAUUUUAGCUGUGGACGACGACAUGGGCAACUUAGUGCAAGAGGGUACUGCUUUGCACAGUCUGUCUUCGCCUUCCGUGCAGGCACCAGGUCUCCUUCAUCCUUGUCAGAGUCAGACCUGGUGCCUGCACGGAAGGCGAAGACAGAGAGUAGCUGAGUUCGUCCUGAAUGAUCGUACCGAAGGUAGUACACCAUGUUCGGGGCGAAAGGAUGAUGGACGGUGUCAGAUAAGUGAUGUUGAUGAAGGGGAAGUGGGAGGGAAAGGAGGAGAAGGGGGAGGCAAAGGUGGUGAAGGCGAGGAGGGAGGAGAAGAAGAUGAGGGAGGAGGAGAUGCGGGAGAAGUGGGAGAUGGAGGAGGAGGAGGAGGAGGACGACGACGAGGAAGUGCCACAGAAGAGAGAGGCGAAGAACAGAUGGGAGGUAGGGAGGAAGAUGAAGAAUCAGAAAGAGCAGAGCAAAGCGGUUUCUUGCCAAUCGCUGAAUCCGAUGAAUCCUCAUCAAUUGCUGAAUGCCCAGCUUCUCUAAAAGUCAGAAGAAUAUUUACGGAGCCAACAACGCAUCGGAGGGAAGGAGGUGUUGGCGAAAUAGCGGUGGCGGGAGAAGGAAGCAAAGAAGAAGGUGAUCAUGAUCAUGAGGUUGAAAUGGGUCAUUUUGUUUCUGCCAUUGUUGCCGAACAUCUGACGUCAGUGCACGACUUAGUGGACAGCCCUGGUGCUCUGCAAUGCAGAGAUCACGAUGGUGACGAGCUACGUCGUCGUUCCCGUUGCCUUUACAGUCUUGCGCAGCCAGCUUUGGAUUUGCAGCAAGGGCAUCUCGUCAACGUCUUGAUGGUCAACAACCCACCAAGCAUCGCCGCUGGUGUCUAUCGUCGAGCGAUAACGCCCUUGGGGGCGGCGAGGGGUCAGCGAAUGGACUGCAGUCAUUGGCCGCCGGCAACGUAUCGGGUUUGCGGUGUUGAGGAGGGUGCACAGCCGAUGGUCGACGCACGGCUACGUGGAGGAACGAACUCCUCGGUGCCUUACAAUUCACUCAUAACCGAUUCUUUACGUCACCACCGGCAAUCGGUUUUGCGACGAAUGGAAGAAGACGUCGAGAGCUAUCUUGCUUGUCCAGUUGUAGACGAGCGGGAUCAACAGAAGUCCAUGCCUUUGCUGCCUUGUGACUGGAUGGACCUCUUGCCAUGGAAUGGAUCGCGAAGAGGAAACUCCUGGCUUCAACAGCCAUUUUUCUCUUUGAGCAGCGAGGAUGAGUCGUGCAGCUUCACGGACGCAGAGGUAAGAAUGUUGCUGUCGGUGAAGGGCAAGCAUGAAACCAUCGUUGGCCUGAAUGGCAAUGAAGUUGUUCCAUCAUUGGCACAAGGUGUAGACGAUGCGUCAUGCUUCCUGAACAAUGGAUCUUUCUUUCUCCUGAUUAGAGCAGGAAGGGAUGUUUGUUGUUGCAUUUCCCUGCAGAAAAGCUCAGUCGUCGUCUCCAACGUGUUUGUGGAAGAACGACGUGCAACACACAGUGAUCAACGUACAAGGACUGCAAUGAUGGCAGCAGCUCAGUCGUCGUCUUCUAUACUGUCACCCUUUGCUCUGUUGUCCUUCUCCUCCUCCUCCUCCUCCACCGAGCAGUUUGUCCAGGAGAAGACUGUCGAAGAUCAGCAUCUUCCAGCAGGGAUGCUAAUGAACGUCUUGUUGCAGUCCCCGUUGGCGAGCUCGUCGUCGUUAUCGGUUCCAAGGGAACUGAAGAGAGACAUUAGCGGUGACGCCGACGUGCGUACUGUGAGUCGAGGUCGAGUCAUUGGGAAGCAACUGCUGCUCCAGUUGCAAGACGUGGCCAACUUCUUGUUGCCGUCAUCACUUGCCAUUGAAAGGGAGAGUGCACUAUGUGAGAAGGCUGGCCUGCGCAGUGCAAGUCAUGGCAAUGUAGAGUUGCAUUUUCAGGAGGAUUCUCGCGAGGAGGGUGAGAAAGAGAGGGUCGCGGUCUUAAAGAGGGAAGCUUUCGAUCAUUCUUCCUUGGUCUACGCCAACGAGUGCAACUCACGGCAGGAUGGCACAUUCAGUUCCGCACAAGCGACCACGGAGGCGGCGAAUGGUUGUUUUCCCGAUCUGCAACUUGCGAACAAUGUUGAGAUCCCACUAGGUGGUCUCAUUCCCGACCAGCGUCAGGAUAUUGCUCCCUCUAUGCCAUCAAUAGCUGACGAAAGUCGUGAGCUCGACAUCCACGGAUGUGGUUGUCCGUUACCCAUGAUCGCUGACGACGGUGAUUGUGCUACAGAAGAAGAGGAUGCAUCAAAUGCUACUAGUAGUCCCCCCAGUGACGUUCAAGGCAGUGGAGCAUGUCCCCAAUCUAUCUGCCCAGCAGAGAGGGAGGCGCAGGUGGUUCUCCAUCAUCACGAAAGAGUGAAGGAGCCGAUUUCAAGGGGAGUGUUUGGUCAGUUCUCACUGUUUGGAUCUUCUGACGGCGAACUUGAACAAGCGGUGCGGGAGCCGGAAGAUCGAGGAGGAGGAGUGACAAGCAGAUUACUUAAGUGGGUGUCUGUUGAGCAGGUUUCUGCCAAGUCACGGACUCCCCUUCAUGGGACUCUGGCGAGGGUGGACAAAAACACGGAUGUGGCUGGCCUAUUAUUGAAUCUGAAGAAAUCGACCUCCUUCGGCUCCUUGCACUUUGCCCUUAGCAUCCCUUCACCCUCUAGAAUGCCUGCUGGCCAUUCCUCCUAUGUUAGGCUUCAAGGCAAAUGCCCUGUAAGAUUCCCGCAGGCGUCUUCGUUGCUGGCAGUGGCUGCCAGCUUGCACAGGAGUCUGUCUAAUGACGAGAACAGGGCGACUGAACUACUGGUAGCGGCGAAAACUGCUUUGCGGCUUCCAUAUGCAGAGAGGGGGGAUGGCGAACCUGUUAACCUCGCUCUGGUACAGCAGGAUUGGGAGGGCAGCAAUAGAUGCCAGCUGGAGGAGAGCUCAUGCUUGUCAGCCUCCCUUGCACUGCACGUACUGCACUCUGCACAGGGUUUGUCAGACUGCGUUUUUCUGGCUCCUACAUCCAUACAGUCAUGCGAGGCUGUAACGGCCGUGCUAGAAGUCGGUGAUGAUAAUAGUGAUGAAUCUCCGUCUGGGUCGUCAUUGCCCCUGGACUGUGGCUGGCCCUUGGGUGUGCUGACGAGUGCGAGAAGCUGCCGUCUUCAGGAGAUAUGCACGGCUUCACCAGAAUGUCGUGCACCUGCUGAGUUGGACCAGCACCAGUUCUCCAAGGAAGAAGAAGAGAGGUCUGGGGGGAUCCCAAUGGCAGUGGGAGAUCGUCCUAGCAAAGUUUCAAGCUUUGUUGCGUCCGUCGAUACUGCGGAUCAGGUCGAAGAGGAAGGUAAGGAGGGGGGAGCUAUUGCAGAAGAGGAAGAGGUGAAUGCGGGGAUGGAGGAUGAGAAGGUGGAGAUGGUGGAGAUGGUGUGUGGUGUGUCGCGGCACGAAGAGGAAGCUGCACACGAUGAGAAGCUGUGCGUUCGUUCGCAGAGUAACGAAGCGAGGCAAGUCGUUUACCGAAAUGCUUCUGGUCAUCUCAUCGCAAAAAUUGAGUCCGAAGAAGAAUCAGGUGCACCGAUUCCCGACAGGGAGAUUGACGCUGAGAAGCUGGAGGUGGUGGCUGCCGCCGUAGAUGUGUGUGCCGUUGCCGUUGCCGUUGCGCAGGAGGAAGACGAAACUGUAGAUGAGGAGCUGCUCUUUUUGUCACGCAGUAAGCGAAAAACAGACCCGGAACUGACGUCAGUGGUUGACCAGCAUACUUCUCGUCAGUUCCUCAUAGGGUCUGGGAUCGGAGUAUCCUCCGUAGCAACUGCUGCAAGCGAUAAUCAUUCUAGUCUUCUUCCGGCAAUUCAACUUUGUGGUCAUAAUGAUCUUCGGUUGUCGUUUGAGCCGAGGUGUGAAUCGACAGAAACUUCCGCAUUGUCCCGUCCGGUGUUCGGACAGCGCAAUUCUGAGGACGGGAGAGUGAGCUCAGACGCAAAAUCCGUAACGUGUGGAUCCUCCUAUCGUAACCGUUCGGUAGAUUUCUCUGAAGUGGCGUUUGGUAUUGUCGUCAGAGCCCUGGCCCUCACAGAGACGACAGGAGAGGCCAUGACCUGUCAUCUCAGAGAGGCGCCGACUGGUCCUCUCUCUCAAAGAAGUGUCCGUGAUACUCUUGGCGUGGCGGAUAGCGGGGAAACAGUACAACUCGACAACACUGGAAGCGCGACUCUUGUUCGGACUGUUAAGCCCGAGUCCAUCAGCAGCAGUACGAUGACUGGGACAAUCAAGGAUGCGGCUAUCUGGUCCUAUACCUUCCCCUCCCAUGCAAAUACUGCAGCAAGGGAACUCACAGAAUCCUCCUUGUUAUCCCCUCGAUCAUCAGAGGCUGCAACCUUAAUACCAGAUCAGAUCUCUGGCUCACCCUGUUUCACCCAUGGCAGUCACAAGCAGUAUCAUCCAUCUUCGCAUGCGUCCCAUUGCCAUAGGGUGGAGAUUGGGUUGGAAGUGAGGAGUGUAGAUGUCACUACCUCCGAACCGGGGAGAGACAGGCUACACGACUCCUGGACGGCACCAACAUCACCGCUUUUGUUGGGAGGAGUAGGACGAGCGGAAAGUGAGCAUCAGUCAACAUCGCUAGGAAGUGGAGAGGAGAAACCGCCUCCUCAUGGAAUCGGGACCGACAACCCAUUGUUCACGCUAGGAAGUCGAGAGGAGAAGGAACAACUUUGCCUCCGCAGCAUUCAACAAUCUGGAACUCCUUUGGUCCAUCAUAAGUCGCAGUACUGCCAACGAUCUCCAUUUCACAGCAGCAGGUCUCACCUUGCUACUACUAUUGAUUCCUGCCAUACAGAGAUCUUGAAUUUAGUGAGCAGAUUGACUCCUGAAGACCAGAAGGAACUACUUAGGAGGCUUGGUUCUGCUCUGGCAACCAGGGAACCUUGUUCGUCAGCGACUGCGACGUCAGAAAGCGUCGGCUCGGAGAGCUGGGCGGGAAGCAGCAGGAGCAGGUUCGAUGCGGAGGACAGGCGCCCAAUGAAUGCGGAGGGGGACAGUGUGGCGGCGGAGUGGUCGCACCGUCAUGCGCCCUUGCCGCACAUCGGUUCCGAGGAGUGCGAUGAUCCAGGGGAGUCUGUCAUCUUUCCCGACACCAGGAAGGCUUCAGCAAAGUCUGGAAGAUGGCAACCUAUGGCUAUGGUGGUGCAAGUUGUGAAGAAGAAGAAGCUUUUCGGAAAGCUAACACGUACGCUGCUCAAGAUCCAAGGCAAGAUUUUGGGAAAAAAUAGGGGAAAGGGUGAUGAUGGAGACGUCGAAGGACGAACUGGUCCAUUGCCUCCGACGGUGGAUUGGCCGUCCGUGGAGUUGUUGCGGGCAGAGCAAGGGCCAGUGGUGUUGUCGGAGGAAGUAGAAGACGAAGCUGACAAGCAAGCACAUACUUGGGGAGAGGAGGAGGCAGAUGAGAGAAGGCUGCCCCCUCCUCCUAUGAGGGCCCGUAGCUUUAGCGAAAGCUCUUCUGACAGCUCCUUGAUGUUUGGGCCUUUCUGUAAAUCAGAACCUCUUGCUUGGGGGGUUAUCGACAACAACACUAUGUCACCCCCCUUCUUGAUGAAUUUGACCCAGUCAUCCUCUCUUCUCAAGCCGUCUUCUUCCGCUUCACUUGCGGUAUCAGCCUUGUCGCCAACCUCCACCACUUCCUCCUCCUCCUCCUCCUCCUCCUCCUCCUCCUCCUUCUCUGCAAAGCGUGCAUGGAAGAAGGCAAUCUCCCUGCUGAAGGCCGGAAAGAAAUCCUCUGCGGCCUCUGCUUCCGUCUCCAGAUCCAGCGGGCGUGUCUCUGUUUCCUCUGAAGCAAUCCCGAAGUCAUCGCAUAACAGAGGGAAUGAUGUGGCCUUGGCAAAGCGGCAAGAAGUAGGGACAGGAACCGCCCGACGCCCUCGGCAAACGUCGAAAACCGCCACUCCCAGAGCUCAGGCUUGCAGUGACAGUCAUCGCCAGGAUGACACAUGUCGACAGAUCGUGUUGUACAAGCCAAAACCCAUUGUGCCAUACAUUCCCAGGUCCUCGUCGUUGAGGAAACUGUGCAUGGGACAGCCCAAGGUCAUCGAUGGUUAACAAUGUGCUGGCUCCCCGUACUCUGGGUAAAUAUGCGCAUUGAUCGAUUACUGUCAUCGGUUCUGGAUGAGAUUGAGGUCGCCUGGCCGGAAGGCAUGGUGUGCUUCAUUGCCUGCUUGGCUUUGCAUCCCGGCGUGUGCGUCAUUGCUUGCUCGGUCUGCUUUUCAUCCCAGCAUGCUUCAUUGCUUGGCUCGGCCUCGCAUCCCGGCGUGUGCGUCGUUGCUUGCUCGGUCGGCUUUUCAUCCGUGCAUGCUUCAUUGCUUGGCUCAGCCUUGCAUCCCGGCAUGCGCGUCAUUGCUCACUUGGCUUUGUCUCGCCGUGUAUCUUCACAUGUAUGUGUAACACUUACACCACUUAGCUGUCAAGUGCAGAAUGAGUAUUAGGAAAGUCCACAACUCUCACUAACUAUCACACUGAAGGCCUCUUGUUGUUCCACUACUCUACAGUGCAAUCUGCAAGUCGACUUCUCCCGCAUCUACUGUCACUCUGAAGGGGUGAGAAUGUUGCAGUCCAUCCAUCUUGUAGACCAAUGAAGAUUCCGAGUCGUA